AAAUUCUUGGUUCAUAAAAUAUACCAACUAAGGUAGCUCUAGCCCUAUAACAUUAACAUUUGAUUUUCCUAUAGUAUUAUUUAUGUAAUAGCUAUGAGGUUAUAUUUUGAUAUAAUGAUCGAUCAGAUGAGUAUUUUUAAUAACACAGAUAUAAAUGUAUAUUUCAUAGCAAAGCUAAUAGGGAUCAGAAAAGGUGUAAAAAAACAAAAACAAACCCCAAAACUCUUCAAUAUAGAACGCAUAAUUAUCAAAUCAAAACAAAUACACAAACAUAAAUUAUUGCAUGCCAAACAUAGUACGGGAAAGAAUACAAAAUUGAAUAUUAUUGACUGCCGUCCAAAACAUUAUAAAACCUCGUCAUGGACUGUGACUUAUUGGACUUGAAAGUUUACUAAGUGAUUGAUUCCUUUUCUCUCUUUCCUAUAAAACUGGUAUUGCAAAAGGCUUCUCUUCUCCACAACCAUAUCCCAUUUUCAUUAGCUUUGUCCAAAUUUAUUUGUGAGAAUGGGUUCUAUUGAUUUGACAGAGAAGCCACAUGCAGUUUGCAUACCAUACCCAGCUCAAGGUCACAUAACACCAAUGCUUCAAUUAGCCAAACUCCUCCACUACAAGGGCUUUCACAUUACCUUUGUGCACACAGAAUUCAACCACAGACGCCUGCUUAAAUCCCGAGGUCCCAACUCUCUUGAUGGCCUCCCAUCCUUUCAGUUUGAAACCAUUCCCGAUGGCCUCCCUCCAACAGAUCCCAAUGCCACCCAAGACAUAACUGCUCUAUGCCUUUCCACUAGUAAAAAUUGCUUAGCACCCUUCAGAGACCUUUUGUCAAAGGUCAAUUCUGUGCCUGAUUCCCCUCCAGUUACUUGUAUAGUUUCUGAUGGUGGCAUGACCUUCACUCUUGAUGCAGCCCAAGAAUUGGGCAUUCCGGAAGUUAUUUUUGAGACACUAAGUGCUUGUGGCUUGAUGUGCUACCUACAGUAUCGCCCUCUCAUUGAAAAGGGCUUAAUGCCUCCUAAAGAUCCUAGCUAUUUGACAAAUGGGUAUUUGGAUACUGAGAUAGAUUGGAUACCAGGCAUGAGAGGUAUCCGAUUGAGGGACAUCCCAAGCUUCAUCAGAACCACAGACCCAAAUGACUUCAUGCUGGAUUAUCUAUUGGUAGAGAUAGCACGAGCUAAAAGAGCUUCUGCCAUCAUUUUGAACACAUUUGAUGCGUUAGAUCAUGAAGUUUUACAUGGACUUUCGACUUUGCUACCACCUGUUUAUUCCGUUGGACCCCUACAUCUACAACUUAAUCAGAUCCCAGCAGAUAACAAAUUAAAGUCCAUUGGAUCAAACCUGUGGACAGAAGAACCAGAGUGUCUUGAAUGGCUUGACUCUAAAGAACCUAACUCUGUGGUUUAUGUCAACUUUGGAAGCAUCACAGUCAUGACAGCUGAGCAGCUGAUUGAGUUUUCUUGGGGACUUGCAAACAGUAACCAGACCUUUUUUUGGGUGAUCAGGCCUGACCUUGUUGGUGGGGAAGCAGCUGUGGUUCCACCAGAGUUUAUGCAAGAGACCAAAGAAAGGGGUCUAUUGGCAAGUUGGUGCCCUCAAGAACAAGUUCUGAGCCACCCAGCCAUAGGAGGGUUCUUGACACAUAGUGGUUGGAACUCUACCCUUGAGAGUUUGUGUGGUGGAGUGCCCAUGAUCUGUUGGCCCUUCUUUGCAGAGCAACAUGCCAAUUGUAGGUUCUGUUGUAAAGAGUGGGGCAUAGGCAUGGAGAUAGAGGGUGAUGUUAAAAGAAAUUAUGUAGAGGAACUUGUGAGAAAGUUAAUGGAAGGAGAGGAGGGCAAAGAGAUGAGGAGGAAAGCCUUGGAAUGGAAGAAGUUGGCAAAGGAGGCCACCACUGGUCCAAAUGGGUUAUCUUUUGUGGGUUUGGAAAAAUUGGUUAACCAGGUGCUUCUAUCUCCGAGGAAUUAGAAAUUUAGAAUUGAUUCAAAAUAUAUCUAGUUGUUACUUUGUAUUUGUCCAACAAGUAUACCUAUUGAGCUUAAUAAUACUUCUAUCAUGAAACCAUUUUUCAGGUCUACAUUUAAUUAAGAUUGGUCCAAUGUAAAAUGAAGUCUAGGGCAAACGUAAUUGACAUUGGUUACCACAUUGAUGCACGAUACGAAAGUUUCAUGGCCACGUUGUUGAUCGGGAAAUAAUUGAUGGGUUAUGUGUGAUAAAAAAGUUCUUUGUUACUAUACCUAAAAUACCUAAAGGGAUUGACAGCCAUGUUAUUCUAACUCACUUACACUAGCCCGCCUAAAUUCCUGCAUUGAAUUUCAUAAAUGUGCAUUCCUGGGAUAAUAUACCUAAGAUUAUGUUCUUUUGCCCCUCAUCAAAGGGGAGCUCGAUUUGGCUGCAUCCAUGUUCUUUUCUCUAUAGAGCUGGGCUAUCUCAACUCUUUCAAAUUAGGCAGGAG